GAGGACGUGGCGUAACAAACCGCUAGCUUUGCCUUCACCACUACCGUGUUAUCAACAGUUUUGCUUAGGGCUAACAUCUAAAGCAGCGGAGUUGAUUCAUUACGAGCUUCGAGUGAUCUGAUAAAUUCUCCUGCUGCUGCCAAAAUGAUCUCACUCACGGAUUCACAGAAAAUCGGGAUGGGGUUGACAGGGUUCGGCGUGUUCUUCCUCUUCUUUGGGAUGAUGCUAUUUUUUGAUAAAGCUCUUCUUGCUAUUGGAAACAUUCUGUUUGUCUCUGGUCUGUCCUUCGUCAUCGGCCUGGAGCGUACAUUCAGAUUCUUCUUCCAGAGACACAAAGUAAAAGCCACCAGUUUCUUCCUGGGGGGAGUGUUUGUGGUUCUGAUCGGCUGGCCGAUCAUCGGAGUCAUUCUGGAGAUCUAUGGUUUCUUCCUCUUGUUCAGGGGAUUCUUCCCAGUGGCUGUAGGCUUCAUCAGACGAGUACCUGUGCUCGGGUCUUUGCUCAGUUUACCAGGGAUCAGCACACUGGUGGACAAAAUUGGCGAGAGCAACACGAUGGUAUAACAGUGGGCUGUUCUUACAUUGGAGGAGAGUUUCAGUAUUUAUCAUUUAGCUUCUAAUAGUUACUGUAUACUUUGAUCAUUGCCACUCCAGAACUGUGAAUCCAAACAUUUUCCUGCACAGAAGACACAAGUUUAUUUGUGGACAUUUGACUGACAUGAUAAUGUUUCCUCUGCCAGAAGGAAACUGUUUUGUAUCCGACUGCCACUGGACAAAGUUACCAAGAGAUAUUUUUUUUAUUUUAAAGGUUGGAAGCAGGUCUCCCUUUUUUGUAUCAUUCCAGUCUGAUAUUUAUGGACUGAUAAUUUGGGACCACUGGGUCAAGUCAGCAGAGGGUCUGGAGCCUUUUAUAGCAUCAGCUCCUCUGGAUUGUGCCUGAACAGUCACUGAGAGCGCUUUCGAGUUCCUCUAUGAAGUGUUACUGGAAUUUUGUACAUUCAAAUAAAUAAGGUUGAGCUAAGUGUUACUGAGGGAAAGAAACCUGAACUGUUGUGGGAAAAGGUUUAAGAAAGUUGUCAUGGAGAUGUUUUACUGUAACGUUUUUAAGUGCAUACUUGAAAUAAAGUGUCUCUUUUGUA